AUGGUUCCUAUUCCAGGGGGAGUGUUCACAAUGGGCACUGAUGAGCCUGAAAUACAUCAGGAUGGAGAGUGGCCUGCUAGGAAAGUCCACCUUACGAGCUUCUACAUGGAUCAGUAUGAGGUCAGCAAUGAGGACUUUGAGACAUUUGUCAACUCCACUGGGUAUGUCACUGAGGCAGAGAAAUUUGGUGAUUCCUUUGUGUUUGAAGGAAUGCUGAGUGAAGAGGUGAAGGCUGACAUCCACCAGGCAGUUGCAGCUGCUCCUUGGUGGUUGCCUGUGAAGGGAGCCAACUGGAAGCACCCUGAGGGGCCUGAUUCUAGUAUCUCCAACAGGAUGAAUCAUCCAGUGCUUCAUGUCUCCUGGAAUGAUGCUGUGGCAUUCUGCACAUGGGCAGGGAAACGACUGCCCACCGAGGCUGAGUGGGAGUACAGCUGUCGAGGGGGCCUGGAAAACAGGCUUUUCCCAUGGGGCAACAAGCUUCAGCCAAAAGGUCAACAUUAUGCCAACAUCUGGCAGGGAGUGUUCCCAACCAACAACACUGCAGAAGAUGGGUACAAAGGGACUGCACCUGUCACUGCUUUUCCUCCCAAUGGCUAUGGCUUGUACAACAUUGUAGGGAAUGCCUGGGAGUGGACAUCAGACUGGUGGGCUGUCCAUCAUUCCACAGAGGAGCUUCACAACCCUAAAGGGCCUGCAUCGGGGACAGACAGAGUGAAGAAGGGGGGGUCCUAUAUGUGCCAUAAGGCUUACUGCUAUCGGUAUCGCUGUGCCGCCCGCAGCCAGAACACUCCUGACAGCUCUGCCUCCAACCUGGGCUUCCGCUGCGCAGCAGACACCGUGCCAGAGCUACCCUGACCAGCUGGCUGCCACACCAAGGUGUGGAGGGCUCACUGCCACCUCAGGCUGAAGAGAUGUCUGGAGUGUCACUUGUUGGUGACAGAAGAGACAAAACUCCAGUGCUUGAACUUCCUGCUGAGGGGAAAACAACACAGCACAACUCAGCGUCACUUGGAGAACCUCCCUGGGUUUGUCUUUGGGGAACCUGGCCCUGGACUUCAUCCUGACCAAAUCUUUUAAUGGUGCAUUGCACUGGUUGGAGCCAGAGUACCCUGCAGUGAUCUAGCACUCAGCUGUGAGCAAGCUGAGUGUGUUGGAAAAGGUUCAUUAAUAGCUCCUUUAGAGAAGUUAUUUAUCAAAUAGUUUUAUUUUUUAAUUAAAUCACAAAUAAUUUUUUUCAUGGUUUGAAUUUCUACAGGGACUUAAUUUUCUAGAGAGCUUUAAAAUAAAUCUGAAGCAGUUAAAUCCUAGGCAGCUUUAAAAGACUGAAGGAGUCAAGAGUGAGGACUGGCAAACAGCUGUCCAGGCAGGCAGUGAGCACAGCACUUCUGUUGCAUUCCUGCUGCAGGGAAGAUCAGGUCCAGAAAUGAUUUUUUUGUUCUGGUGAGAUAACUUGCUCCUCUAGAAAGUGCCUUCUGCAGCUGAGGGGGAAUAAUCCUCAGGGAGAUCAUGAUCAGAAAUGUUAUACACAAUAGA